AUGGAUUAUCUUAUCUUUACAUUUUUGAUUCAAAUUGCGGUUUUUAAACCUAGUCGCAAAUUUAAGUCACAAACACCCUGGUAUGUCGCAAAUAGAAAUGUCGCAAAGGGGAACUACUUUGUAGGAACUUUAGCAAUUUUACUGCAGAGUUUCAAAUUAACACAAAAACGAUUGGAUAUAUUAAAAAAGAAAAGAUUAAAUGGUGAAAGCAAUAGAAGAAAGCAGGCAUACAAUUUUAAUUCAUAUAGUGCUACUUGA